UGUCCCUUUUCGCAAACGAUCGGUGACCAAGCUGGCAGUCGGACACGUACCACUUUCGAUCCGGGACGGCACAGAAGAAGAAAAAGCAGAAGCCAGCAGCAGCAGAAGAAGAAACCAGAAGAAAAGUUUUCCGAUUUUUCGCCUACUUUGAUUGGAAAAUUCGACCCACAAUCGAGCGAAAACCCAACUCGAUAGGAUUACCAGAAGCAGCCAGGAGGAGGAGCACGAGUGGAGCAGGGAGGGGAGGCAGCUAGCGAAAAUUUUCUGAACGAGAAAGGAUUUCGGAUUUUUACACUUCGGCCCUUGUUACCCACACAGCGAAACACACAAAAUACUAGACACUACUUUUUUGAUUUCGUAAAACUAUUUCUUAUUAACACUAAAGAUGAGCGCUGAACCACCAGCAGCAGAGUCAGCUCCAGACGGACUCGCACCGGGCGCAGCGGGCGGAGAACCUGGAGCGGAUGGAAUUGUCGGUGGACCACGAACCCCCCAGCAGAUCGCAGCACAGAAGCGACUGCAGCAGACGCAAGCACAGGUAGACGAGGUUGUGGACAUCAUGAAAACGAAUGUAGAAAAGGUGCUGGAGCGAGAUCAGAAACUAUCGGAACUAGACGACCGAGCCGACGCCCUGCAGCAGGGAGCCUCACAGUUCGAACAGCAAGCCGGCAAACUGAAGAGGAAAUUCUGGCUGCAGAACCUAAAAAUGAUGAUAAUAAUGGGUGUCAUUGGCCUUGUUAUACUUGCAAUCAUCGUAGCCAGAAACUAAACAAAUGCAAAUCACGGCCAACCUCAAAUACAAAAAAAAAAACAAAAAAGCAAAAAAAAAGAAAGGAGAGCGCCCUCAUAAAAUACCAGAAAAUUUGAUGCAAAUCAUUAGCAAAUAUUGUUCCACUUGAGAAAAAAGAGUAUCAUUAUCAGUAAUUUGGCGAGAGAAGCAAACCAACCAUUCCAAAAAACAAACCGUUUACCCAUCAGCCAUGCAGAUUAUUUACGUCUAAACCAAAAAAAAAAGUUAUUGUCUACUACUACUACUUCAGCCUACCAAUACUGCAGCGCUCAUGAAAAACCAAAAAAACAGUAUGAAAAAUUUUCUGAUAUUUUUACACCUCUACAAAUAUGCUCCUAAAUUGCUCGUCCUGUCUGAUUUUGUUUAAGUAAAUGCGUACUUUAGUUCUCUGUAAACUAUGUAUCCCUCUAUUGAUAUUCUGUGUCUGGACGCCAUUUUAGUUUUCUAAAUUGAUUGAUUGGUAGAACGGUUCUUGUUUUUAGUUUCAGUUGUUCCUACCUGUAUCCCCCAGUUUUUCAGUUUGGAAUUAUUUGUACAUACAAUUAGCGAACGAAGCUGUGAAUUAGGCAAAGCAAACUGCACCUUCCCCAAAUGGUUGUGUUAACUGUAAACUGUAAACCCAAUAUCAUGUUUCACUGGCUGUUAUUAUUAUCAGUUGUUGUAAAUUACCGCCGCCCUGUCUAGGAAAGUGUUUGUUAGCAAAUGUAACGACUCAAUCAUCUAUUGAUGAUUUGUUAAAAUCGCUCAUAAUCAUUAAGUUUUUUUUUAAUUAUAAAAAAGUGUAAUUUGGAGAUAAUCAAAAAGUCUCUGAUGUCUUCUUAAAACUGUAGUUUUCGCUCCUUCGUAAUUAUUAUUAUCAUUUGGUAGUACUUGUUAUUCCUUUCAUAAUGGUAGCCGGCUUUAGUUGUUCCUUACAUUCACACACUUGGUAUUUACAGAUAACUCGCUUUCCUUAUGGUGAUUGUUAUUUCGUUUUUUUUUGAGAAAUAAUAAACUAAGCCCACCUGUAACUACAGCUCGUUACUUCUGGCUACAAAAUUUACAAAGUUUUUACAGUUUUGUUAUUUGAAACGUUAAUCACCGCAGAUAUUAUCAGUAACUAAAAAAAACUCAAAAAUACUUAACGUUCAUACACUCAAAGUAUAUAGUAUGCAUGACAGCGUAGCUCCUAUAGUGCAAUUAUUCAUGUUCAUGUGUUAGUCCUGUGCAGUUGCUAGCUACAAGUACGCAUCUGAAGCGUUAUGUUACUCUUCUCUCCAGUAUUAGUUGCAGUAGAUCCACUGUUAGCAUAGCAAUAGAAAAGUCGUUUAGACUUGCACUGCUUCAGACAAAAUGGCUUCCAAAACAUAUGUUCGGUGGAACUGGAGUUUAGCUUACGGGUUACCCGAUUUUAAGUCAUUAAUAACACGCUUACACAUAUUUACUCAAUAAUUAUUUUUUGAACUACUAUCUUUGAAAUUUAACAAGCUGAUACAAAUAUAUUUUUCACUUCUAAAAUGUCUCCUAUUUAUUCUGCGUUUUGAGAACCAACACAAAAUAUAAAUAUUGGUAUUUCCAUUAAUACUGAGUUUUACUAGGGAAAUUUUCAGAAAUUUUUAACUAACCAAAGUACACUAGGACAAGUGAAAAACAUAAUUGUAUCAGCAUAUUCUGCAUUGAACUCUUAAUCACAAUGUAACCGUUUCUCUUUAACUCUUCACAUUUCGUUAGUUCAUAUAACAAAGAAGACACCAGACAUAUAAAUAGCACGACGAAACAAAUUCCCCACAAAAUUCAUACAAUAUCAGAUGUGAUCGCCAUUAUUAUUUCAUUAUUUUAACUCACAUCACAAAUCCGUUUGUAAAUACCUGAUAAUUAAGAGAAAGUGCCGCAAUAGGGCACGUUCGGUGGAGUACUAUAUUUAUAGUACUAAGCUGGAUUUUUCUAUGAUGAGCUUGAGCUUGAGCUUGAUUGACCGCCCGUAGAUGCUACUCCAGCAUCGCCAGACCAGCUACACUCACACAAGAAACCAAUGAGAUAUCUGCCGGGGACUAACAGACAUCUUCAGUGUGUUAGCGUUGGUGAUCAUCUAUUUUUAGGCGAUAAUGGCACCUGCCACGUCAGGUUGCAGGUCAAUGUGAGGAAGGGGAAGGAAGUAAUGAUUGCAAUCGUUUGUAUGCACAGCAAACCGAAUAUACCUCUGCGUCUGCACAAACUCAGGCGGAUGUCGGAGUGUUGGUGAAAUAUGGUUGGCGGAGGGUUCACACAUUGGUGUGUGGAUGCCAGGCGUAAGAUGAUAGAUAUGUGCGAUUAUUACUAUGAAGCUAAAGUGGCACAGUUCACUUGAUUGCAUAACUUGUAGGCGUUAUCUGAUAUAUUGACACUGUUCUGUAAAAGUUGGAAGGAAAGGAAACGACUUUUCAACCGUUUCUGGUUCUAGCGAUGACUAUGAACAUUAAAUAUACGUGAGAUGUAGAUAUAGAGAGGACAGUAUAGAGAAAGUGGAUAGAAAGAUACAAAGUAGAAGGAAAGGGACGGGCCAGGAAUUGAACCCAGGACCUUCUGCAUAUGAAUCAGAAGCGGUAGCCACUAGACCACCAAGCCCGUCAAGAACUGGGUUUUUCUAUGAUGAUAUGAUAAAUUCUACGUUUCUGCAAUGCAUCGGUGCAAUGAUUUAUUGCCUAAUGUGCUGCUGUUUGAGCAAAACUUUGGGCCACUAUGUUGUUGAAGAGGCAAGAAACGGAGAAUAUAAAAACCCAAUGACCCAAACUUUAGCUCAAACUGCAGCAAAUUAGACAAGAUGUCAUAAUAUCCGCGCUGUUUGCAUUGUUUCAUUGCAGAAACGGAGAAUUUAUCAUUAUUACCAUACAAAAAUUCAGCUCAUUACAAAAAAUUUAGUUCUCCACCAGACGUGUCCUAUUCACAAACGUUUCCAUAUCUAAAAAUCAUGCUUACAAAUCCAGUACAAGUCCAGUACAACUCUAACAUGACGAAUUUCACGCCAACUCAUCUUCGGAGUUGGCAGCAUCCUCUCAGAAUCUAAUAAAACUUUGCGAGUAUAAAGACUUUGUAUUUUGAAGCAACUUUCCAUACUCUGUUGUUUUUUUUUCAAAAUUUAUCUGGACUCAUAUUUGAUAGGGGUUAAGGUUUUUUGAUCGUUUUUUUUACUCAAAAACGGAAAAACCUAGAAAAAAAAGUGAUGUAUGGGUGACUUUCAGGAACUGGUCUGGUCAGGUCUGAACAUUCAUGUAAAAAAAUUAAAAAUAGACAAAUUGUCGCUGAAAAAAAGUAAAAAAUAAAAGCCAAUUUGCAAUUUGCCAAUUUUUUUUUGUCACCAUUUUUCAGCAUGUAAUGGUCCCAACAUUCCUUCAGACUACCAUUAGAAAAGAAGCAAAGUUAUUAAAUUUCCAUCAUAUGAAUCUAAUCCCUAACGAGUUUUAGGGAUUUGUUUUUUUUUUUUAUUUUGUAUUGUUGAUGGGUAAUACACAAUUGGCAGAAUUUUUAGAGGGAUAUCUGGAGAUAUUCUUGAUGAAAUUCCUGGUGGUGGAAUUCUUGAAGGAAUUUCUGGUUGAAUUCUUUAAGGAACCUCUGGAAAAAUUAUCGAGGAAUUUCUGGGAAAAAUCCUGGAGGAAUUCUUCCGGGAAUUCUUUGCAGAAAUAACUUAAAAGAUUCUUUGAGGAAUUAUUGGUGAAUGUCUUGGAGAAAUUCCUGAAGGAUUUUUAAGAGGAUAAAGUAAAGAGAUUCAAGAAUAGAGCUUGUGGAGCUUGAAGAUCUCAAUUCCGGAAUAGUUUGGAUGAUCUAGAUCACCAAGUGAAUGUUGCUUACUUAUCAGAAUUGCACACUGAGGCUCCAAGAGUAGCGUAGAUUAUAUUCCGCAAGCAUUCACUAUAAUAAAAACAUAUCAAAAAAUUUGCAGAUAUUGCGACCUAUAUUUCAAAAUACAUUGGGUCCAUUUGUAUGCCAGUGGACAUCCGAAUAGCAACACAUAAAAUUACUCGUAAUAUUAUGAGGUGCAACAGACACAAUCGUGAAAGAAUUAUGCGGAUAGAGUGAACAGAAACAAGAGUAGAGCCUGUAGACUUUGAAGGUCCUAAUUCCAAAAUAGUUUGGAAAGCCUGGAACUCCACGAAUACACAAAAAGCAUUAUGGUUGUGCACUGAGGCUCCAUCAGCAGUGUGGACUACAUUCCACGAAUAAUUUUUACAAUUUAAGCAUGAUACAGUAUGUAGAUAUCGUAACCCAAACUUCAAAGUGUUUUGGAGGCUAUUAGAAUUUCAAGGAAUGUCCAACUACCACAAUAUCGAGUUGCUCGUAGCAUUGUGAUGUCUAGUGGACAACAACGUGACGAAAUUUCUUGAACAGAGUGAACACAAAUGAUGGUAGAUGUUGUAGAUCUUAAGAAAAGGAAUUCCAGAAAUCCGGAUGACCUAGAUUAUCCAAUAGGGUGGGUCAACGUUGUAUGAGAAAAAUUAAAAUUGGUCAGAUUCAAUCAGAUCAAAGUUUUUAAGAUGCCAUUUUAAGGUCCCAAAGAACUGUGCAAAAUUUGGGCAUGAUUGGUCAAGUCUACAUUUUGCGCAUCGCGAUUGAAGUUUGUAUGGGAUUUUACAUGGGAAAUCAUACUUUUCGUAUUUUUCUUGAAAGUUGCUCAAAAUUGUCCUAUACCAUAUAACCGCCAAUGUUAAAGAACAGCCCAGGAUGUAGCAAAAAACUUUGUCGAAGACCGCAAAGCGAUCCGAUGCAUGUGAUAAAACAUAAAAAACACACUCUUCGAAAGUCGGGCCGAAAAUUGAGAUUUUAUUAUUGAUGUUAUUCCUUUACAUGUUAAAAGAUAAGCACACUCAGGCGAUCAGUAGGUUAUAACUCAUGCAGGGAUUCUGGGGAUCUUCCGGGGUUUCGUUAGCGAUUUUCCCGGAUUUUUUUCUUUAAUUUCGGAAUCGGAUUCAUUUAGGGAUUUUUCAUUUAGAAAUUCUAUCUGAAUAUUUUCAGGGAUUCCUUCAGAGAUCCUCGGGGUUCUUUCAUUGAUUUCUCAUACGAUUUUUGGGGAUUUCUCCCGGGAAUUCAGAAGAAACUCCUUGACUUUUCGUCAUAUACCUUCCAGGGGCUGUUCAUAAACCACGUAGACCAAAAUUUAGCAAUCUCAGACCCCCCACCCCUCUUAGACUUUUGUCCAUACAAAAAAGGUAGACGUGGGUCUCCAGUUAGCCUAGUGGUUAAAGCUAUGGAUCGCCAAUCCGGAGACGGCGGGUUCGAUUCCCGUUCCGGUCGGGAACAUUUUCUCGACUUUCUGGGCAUAGUGUAUCAUUGUACUUGCCACACAAUGUACAAAUUCAUGCAAUAGCAGGCAAAGAAAGCCCUUUUAUUAAUAACUGUGGAAGUGCUCUAAGAACAAUAAGUUGAAGAGAGACAGGCCAAGUGGUUUCGUGGUCGUGCGGCUAAGGUCACCAAGCCUUUAGUCGCAUCGUGCUAAGGAGCGCGGGUUCGAUUCCCACCGCAGUUGUCAGGAAAAGUUUUCGGCUGUGCCACUGGGCGUUGCAUGCUAGUCCGUUGUCUAGUGUCGUGCUUCCUUCAAAGAGCAAAAUAGCUCACUGGAAGCAUUAAACGUGUCUGUGUCUUUUAAAAAAGUUCCAACGCGAACGUCGAGCCAUAAAGAAGAAGAAGAAGUUUCAUCGGUCAUUCCUUCCAGGAAUUUCAACCGAAAUUUCUUCCCCCAGAAGUCCAUUCUGAGGUUUCUCCAGAACCUCCUUCCGGGAUUCUGCAGGUAUUUCUUUCGGGCCUAACUCAAAAAUUCAUUCCGAGAUUCUCCCAGAAAUACAUGCUGGGAUAAUUCCAGGAAUUCCAUUCAAAACAUCUCCAGGAUUGCCUUCUGGAAUUUCUCAAGGAACUCAUUCGAAGAUUCGUCAAGGAGUUCAGAAGUUCCUUCUGAGAUACAUCUAGGAGUUUCUUCAGGUAUUCCUCCUAUUCAAAAUUCCUCCUUCUAUGAUUCUGGCCAAAGUUCUUUUUAUUUUUACUCAUCCACGGUUUUCUACAGAGUGUGACUAGGAACUACUAUUGGGAACCCUCCAGUAAUUCCUUUUGUGAUUCCUCCGGGAACUCAUUUCGAUGUUCUUCCAGGAGUUCCUGCUGAGAUUUGUCCAAUGAUGAUUUCUGAGACUUAUCCAGGACAUCCUUCCGGAAUUCCACCAAGAUCUUUUUACCAGAUUCCGUCAAAAGCUUCUUAUUGGGCUCCUCUGGGAACUUAUUACGGUACUUCUCCGUCCAGGAUUCCUGGAUGAUUGCUGAAGGAAUCCUGGUAAGAAGUCCAGAAGAGAUCUCGUAAGGAAUUAUUUACUGAGUAAUCCCAUCAGAAAGAACAUCUGGAAAAAAAAAUUCAGAAGAUAUAACGGAUGAAAUUUAUGGACGGAUACCAGAUGCCACUUCUGGUGUAACCACGGAAAAUAAUCAUGAAGGAAUUCUAGAAGGAACUAUGAGAGAAACCCAUGAAGUACCUCCUGGAGAAGUCUUAGACGUAGUUCCUGGAAGAAAUCCCGGAUGAUAUUCGUGAAGGAAAGCUUGCCUGCAAUGAUGCAAAUUAUCACCUCACUAGUGCUCAUCACAACUCAUCAACUGUAUAUUUAUCGCGUGCGAUUGAACUGUGCACUGAUCAGCGAUGACCAGCAGCAAAGAGGUGGCAAAACGAACAUGAUGUAAAUCACAAACGAUUUUGCACACAUCUGACUGUGCCGCCACACGGUCGCCCGAACAGCCGAACCAUACCGAAUAUGUUGGUUUGCGAAGCUACGGCACGAACGCUCGACACGCACACAGAAGCAACAUUCGCAUGUACCGAUACCAUACUAAUAAAGCUUCCAGCCAACGAUGCUUCGCGAUAAGCUGUCGAAAAGCAUCGAAA